GAUGUAAUAGAACUGCUGAGGCGCUCAUUUGAUGAAGCACAUCGUUGUAUUUUAGCCAAAGAUGGAGGACUUACUACAAUGUGUGCCUGUAUGGUUGUACCAGUGAAAAAUUCUGAGCAUUUUGCUGUAUGUUGUGUAAAUGUUGGGGACAGCUAUGCUUACGUUUUAAGUCAUAAUCAAGGCAUCAGAGAGGUCACAGUGGGGUCACAUGACAUCAGCUCGGAAAGAGACAUACGAGAUGCCGGUGGUGCACUUGGUCCUGUGAAUGGAAAAAAUCCUGAACUCAGAAAUUUGACUUGUUCCAUUACAUUUGCUCAUCAGGGUGAUGUUGUAUUUUUAGCAACAGAUGGCAUUUCUGACAAUUUUGAUCCUGUUGUGACAAAGCUAGCUCUACCAAGAAGAGAAAGUGAUUCAAAUUUUAACAAUUUAUCACCCACAUCUCCAACAUCAAGUCCAAUCAUCAGACCGGAGAUGGAGCCAAAGGAGCGACACAUCUACGCAAUGAAGGAGAUGGAGCGCAUUAUACAUGAGUAUGAACUAGUGACAGAGGAACCGUGUUCUGCUCAGGAACUCUGUGGAGCAUUAGUACAACAUGUUUUGUCACUGACAGAUUCCAAACGGAAAAUAUUAGAAAAUCCAGCUUUAUAUGUAAGACGCAAGAUGACACUAAAGGACAAGGAACACAGAGAUUCAGAGAUUGUUGAUAAGAUGGGGAAGGCCCCAGGGAAGUUAGACCACGCUUCAGUGGUUGCCUACGAGGUUGGAAUCAUGAAACCAGAUGAAGAGGAGAUGGAGAAUAUACCCCUUGGGACUUGGAAUGGAGACGACACCCUGUCACUUCCCAGUUCUACCGAUACAUCCCCAUCCCCAACCUCCCCGAUAUCACCCAGUUCAAAGAAGUCUCGCCCUAAGAAACUGUUUGCACGUAUACGUAGUCUGAGUGUUAAUACAACUAAUAACUCAUCACCAACCCAUCAUCAUCACCCCUCUCCAGGCUUGUUUCCAAUUUCACCAAAGAGAUUCUCCUUCAAAAGGUCAAGGUCAAAGUCUGAGGCGGAACCA